CAACAUGUCUCCCGCACAGGCUGGUUUGUGUCACUAGUAGCGUCCGGAUUUUUCGUGAAAUUACUGCGUUUUGUUAGCACGAAGCUAGCAGGUCGUGUCAGCCAGGACCCAGAACCACAGCAGCAUCAUCAUCAAUGGUGUGUCUACAUCCGAGAGCCGUCACAUUUUCCUGUGUCCGCUCAAUGAACUAUCUCCUCAGCUCUCAGCGCAGCUGCACAUGUAUGGCGUUUGCGAGGCUCGGAGGAGAGUUUUGCCAAGCUCAGCACCUGCUGCUCAUUGUGGACAAGUGAACUGGGGGACACUGACCGGGCACGAUCACUGCCAUUCACACGUAGGUCCUUGCUGCCAACCUGUCAAACACAUAUGAGGACAAGCCAACCAUCAGUCUGUGACCUGUGCUGGGAGAAGGACAGGCGUCGGUUACAGCCUGCGAGUUUCCUCUCCGCUGUCCUUCUUUUAUUUUCCUCUUCUGUUCAAGUCUUCUUUGAAUGGGCCGACAGAUUGGAAACACUGGAAGUGAAAAUUUAAUUUAGUCUUUUUUAUUUGGUCUCAUUCUAAAUCUAUAAGAUCUUUAAUUUGGCCAAAUUUAAUUUUAUUGCCAACAUUUUGUUUACUUCACCUAAACACGUCUUCCCAUAAGUCAAAUAGAAUUUUUUUUUAGUUAGAGAAGUUGUUUUUAAUUAAGUGAAAGCAUUUUUUAAACUCGAAGACCUUUUGCUGUUACAUUAUUCUUUUGAAGCUCAGGACUUGUACCGUUUUACUAACAAACCUUUCGAGAGUCUCAAAAUGAACCGACCGGCUCCGGUGGAGAUCUCCUAUGAUUGUCUGAGAUUCCUCAUCACGCACAAUCCCACUAACCCACAGCUGGGAAAGUUCAUAGAGGAUUUAAAGGCAUAUGGAGUCAACACCCUGGUGAGAGUGUGCGCAGCCACGUACGACAAGACCCCGGUGGAACAAGAAGGAGUACAAGUCCUGGACUGGCCAUUUGAUGAUGGUUCUUCCCCACCUGAGCAGGUGGUUGAUGAUUGGUUGAAUCUGCUGCAGGUGAAGUUCAGGGAUGAGCCCGGCUGCUGCGUGGCUGUGCACUGCGUGGCUGGACUGGGACGAGCUCCUGUGUUGGUGGCCUUGGCUCUCAUCGAAUGUGGGAUGGAAUAUGAAGAUGCAGUGCACUUAAUAAGACAAAAGCGCCGUGGUGCUUUGAACGCCAAGCAGCUGCAGUACCUGGAGAACUACAAGCCGAAGCUAUGCCUGCGCUCCAAAGACGCAAACGGACAAAACUGCUGCUUACAGUAGGAGUCUUUAAUAACAAAACAAACAAAAAAAAAAACAUGAAGGUGGUUGGCUUUUCUUCUCCUGUUUGGUUUGUAACUUCAUUUGAACAUGUAGCAGAAACUCAUAAAUGCUUAGCCAAGUUAAACCAAAUGAAAAGCAUUUUUUUUGGUUUUGUUUCGUCUGUGAAAAUGAAAAACAUCCAUUCCAAAGUUUUCGAUCAGUUUACUGAAGCAGAUCCAUCUGAGAGUCCUUGUUUUUGCCAGACCGUACCCUGAUUCUUUGUAGCUUCCUACUUUAUUUCAAAUGCUGAAUAAAUAGUGGGCAGUUUGUGGUUCGUUGCACAUGAAUUCACACAGAUUUUUAUAUUUGAACCCUUUCUCUUAAAUAAAAUGUGUAUCAAAAUGAUUAACAUGUGGCAAAAACUUCAAACAAAUAAAUGCAAAUAUUUGAAGAAAGGCCCUCAGUUUAAAUCACAUUUAAGUUAUUCUGUAUAAGAAGCUCUUAUACGUCAAGACUCGAUCUGCUUUAUAAUUGAACAAUCUGUUUCUGUUCAUAAAUGUGAAGCUUCUUGUCUAAAUAAUUUCACCAAAGCAACAAAUCAUUGUAUUAAAGAUCAGAUGAUAAGAGUUGAACAGAUUAUUCUGUUAGGAGCACAUCAAAUCAGCAGUUUAUCGUCAGUAUUUGAACGUUUCUACCUCAUGAGUGGGUAACAAUCUGUGGCUGUUUGUCCUGUAUCUUCAGGAUUUGAAUGAGGUCUGUAUGAUGGUAAGAAACGUUAGAGACAUAAAAACAAAAUGUCCUUAAUAAUUAUUUAGGUCAUCUUUGUGUUCUUGUUAGAUGAAACUUAGAAAGAUCUGAACUUUUAGUGGCCAAAGGUUUUAAUUU